CACAAUGCUCUGAAGGGACUCAAAGUUUUGGGACAGCACCUUGUGGUCAGAAAGUGUAAUGCUAUUAGCUAUUAACUCCUUUUACCUACUGUCAUGAGACCGGUCUUGAUAGGUUCUGUGGUUCAUGCCGAGAACAAUGAUACCAAUUAUGUCAUGGUCGAGCAAACUUCUACCCGCUUUUUAAAAAAUGUUUUGAAAACUUACUUUUUCGAACUCCUCCUAGUCAGUUUGUCCGAUUUGCACAAAAAUUACCUGCAUCAUCUAGAUGCACUCACGACAAACAUUUAUGCACAGAAUUUUGAUAAACCAUACCGUUUUCAAAUGCCACUUUAACAAAUUUAAGGAGAUAGCAAAAACUGCGUUUUUGGCUUAUAACUUUUGAACUCUUUCCUGCACGGUGGCCAUCAUGUCCACAUGCCACCUGAGCGGUUUCAGAGCUACUAUUAUUUAUUAUUAUUAUCACAUAAAUAUUUAACUGCUGUAAAUGUAUGUUUAACCGGAUCCAUAAAGGAUUAUCGUAUAAUUAUCUUUGUAAUGAUCUGUUUGAGUAUAUCAGGGUCAAUAUGGCGGACGCGUUGACGUAUCGCAGCAACCGUCCAAAGCGGCCAAUAUGUAUUAGUGCGUUCGUCAUACCGGAAAGAUCGUAUUUACGAGUUGGAAACUCGGGAUUUUCGCCGAGCUCGGAGUUUCCGAGUUGGGGGCGUGUCAGUAAGAAAAUAGAUCCGAGUUAAUGGACGUAGCGUGUGUAAAUGACGGUAAAUUUGUGGAAAUUGAAUGUGUAUUCAUCUCAGAAGCUGAUUUGAGUUAUGAUGUGUUUGGUAGCAAGUUACUGAAAUACAAAUUUCUGCACAAAAUACGAUGUAAUGAUAAAGUUUACAGUGGCUUCCUAAAUCGAUUCAAAACGUACCCGAUGUGCAUUCUUUGUUAUUUUCUCUUUUAUUUUAUUUUUUUUGUAUUUUCUAGAAGUAGAGGUUUAAAAAAACGCUGUAUUUUUUUGUAGUUAAUUUAAGAGAAGGUACAUCUUACUCCGACCAAAGUGACUUGAACACACCUGACCUCGUAGUUACGACUUCCCAACUUGUAAAUACGGACUUCCCAGGAGGACUUGAAUGCACCAUAUAUGUCUACGCUGAGAACGCCAACAUGGCGGCUGUAGUCUGUAGGUUCAAUUCACACUACACACAUGUACUGAUAGUACGUACUGUCGCAGUGUGCGUAGGUUCCAGACUGCAGAAGCAGUACCAUCCGGGUAUUUCUCGCCUAUUGGUUCACGAAUACUGAGACUUUCUUACACAUUACGCAUUUAGCGUAGCGCCUUUCGCCUGCUGUGUAGGAUAGUGAGGACAUUCAGACGCAGACAAAGUGUUUGCAGAUGCAAAGCGGUUUCUAUUAUUCCUGCGGAGUUGUAGAAGGCUUCAACAUUUCGUUUUAAUCACGGCGUCAUUCUACGUAACUCAACCCCGUAUUCUCGUGGUUUGGUACCGAGUUUGCUGCUCAGCACUCAGCGGCGUGACCGGUAAGUCUGAGUGCUUCUUCCAUGGAUCUGCAUAGCAAAGACUCGGGUGAUGUCCUACCUGUGGUCAUUAUUGGGAAUGGCCCUUCAGGAAUCUGCCUCUCAUACCUGCUAUCAGGAUAUACACCGUACUUCUCCCCUGAGGCCUUCCACCCGAACCCAAUCCUGCACAGAAAACUUCAAGAGAACUCUCAUCUGUCUUUGUUUGAACAGGAUCUGGAGUACCUGUGUGAAGGCUUGGAAGGCAGAUCAUCAAAUCCUUUGGCUGUACUCUUUGAUUCAUUGCUCCUGCCAGACAGUGACGUUGGAUUGGACUGUGCCUCACCAUUGCUAUGGCGGUAUGAGCCAGAAAGAGCCAUGAGCCAUCUUGUGCUUGGAAAAGGACCACCUGGUGGGGCAUGGCAUGCCAUGGAGGGACCCAUGUUAACACUUAGCCUUGCUAAUUGGAUGGAGCUUCCUGGCCUCAAUCUGAAAGACUGGAUGAGAGAGAAACGCAGGAAUGUUCGCAAUGACCGUGCCACAUCAGCAGAUAUCGCCUCCUACUACCAGCACUAUGUCAACACGAUGGGUCUGAGUAACAACUUCGCCCGUGGUACAACAGUCACCUCAAUGCGGCGCGUCUCUCUUCGCCCAGGCCUUUCCGGUUGGCACAUCCAGGGCACACAGAGGUUAGACAAUGGAGAUGAGAUGCCCUUCUUGGUGCAGGCAGAGAAUGUAGUGCUGGCCACAGGCACCAGUGAUGCCCCAGCCCACCUUGGAGUCGAAGGAGAGUCAUUACCCUUUGUGUGUCACAGCUUCGGAGAGCUUGAGAAGGUCAUCUCAAAUAGAGGUCUCUGCAGAUCAUCAGAGCCUGUGCUGGUGGUUGGAGCAGGGUUGACUGCAGCUGAUGCCAUUCUAUGCACCCACCACCUCAAUGUGCCUGUGUAUCACGCAUUCCGUCGAGGCGUCUUAGACCCGGGACUCAUUUUCAACCAGCUGCCCCGUCUUCUCUACCCCGAGUACCACAAAGUGCACCAGAUGAUGAGCCAGCAGCAAUACCAACCAAGCCAUUCUGUACCCAGUUUACCCUCCCAGCAUGUGUCAUCACCAGACAAUGACCACACUCACUCGUCCUGCUCCUACCCUGGAUAUCUGAGCUUCCCGAAACACCGUGUUGUGUCUUUUAAUCACAACGGCAAGUGUGUCUUGGAGGCUGAGAGCGGGCACCAGGUGGUGCUGCAGGUGUCCUUGGCACUGGUUUUGAUCGGCUCGCAACCUAAUCUGUCGUUUCUGCCUGAGGAGGGAAGACAACUGGGGUUGGAGCCAGGACAACCAAUCAGCUGUCGGCGCAACCCAAUUAAGGUGGAACCGUAUACUUAUGAAAGUGUGCGGGAAGAGGGACUGUAUGCCCUGGGUCCUCUGGUAGGUGAGAACUUUGUGCGCUUCCUCAAGGGUGGUGCACUGGGUGCUGCAUGCAAUCUACUGCACAAAAGGAGGGGAGAGGAGGGCAAAAAGCAAUGACUGUCCUAUAAUGGCCUCGAUGUAGAGGAGAGAAAAGGGGAAAAAAUGAGAAAAGUAGGGAUCUUGUAUCCACCCACUACGACAAACAGUCCAACUGUUAUUCCAGUCUUUACUGCUCACAAAACGGAAGGGAAUCGGUGAACACUGUCGAAGAGGCUUUUCUCGUUAAUGAACAAUGGGUCUCAUUUACCAAUCUUUUAGUAAAGUUUUGUGUAAAUGUUUGCUUAAGCCAAACCAGUCAUUUGCAGCUUGAGACAUAUCACACUGCUCACUUAUCGGUCACUUGGUGCUGGCUGGAAUAAAGUGUUACACAGCAAUAAAAAGAUGCCGUGGCAAACAGAACCGACCUGCAUCCUGAACCAUUACAGCUCGCCCUCCUUUUAUACAGCAGCAUUUCUUCUAAAUUGAAUCACUACUCUUAAUUGUCUAAAUAUAUAUUGAUAUAAGUAUAUCUUUGCCUGCUUUUAGUUUUUUAUAUUGGAAUAUUUCUUUAAUUAACGUGAUUAAUAUGUAUGAUUUACGAAUAAAUAUAUUUGUAUACAGCAUGAUAAACAAGGCCCAAUGAGCGACUAGACCAAAUGUGACUUAAAAGAACCACAUUUUUCAAAUAAAAUUAAGUGGGAAAGUGUGCAGGACUGUAAAAAAGGAGGCAGAAGUUAAUGUUGAGUUUAAUUGUGUGAAUUGAACCCUGCAAACCUAGAGCCAACAGAAAAACUAGAAGAUCGGCUGUGGUCUUUUUUUUUUUUUUUUUUUUUUUGCUUCCUAAAAACCAACAACAAACAAAAAAAACUUUGAGGAGCUGGUCAUUAAGUAGUGCUCUCACAAACUGUUUUCUGUCCCAACACUGCAGUCCUUAUUUCUGAUCGUUCCCACGAGAGUAAAAACCUGUGUGCAGCGUUGUUUUUCUUUUUUUAAGUCAAGUCCUGUGUUCGCACAGUCCUGAUCCAGUUUUGUCUAAAUAAUUUAGGAUGAGCUCAAAUUCAUCUGACAAUAUUCUUUCUCAACCAGCGCCACGCUCUCUCUGCGGCUUCAAGUCUCUCAGCAUGACCCAUAGUAACAAAGAGGAAAAGUAUGAUAAACUAGAAUGGAAGGCAGGUUAAGCAAGGUGUCCACAAAUUGCAUGUUAACAAGAAAGCAUGAACUGCAUUUAUAAAGAAAUGUUUGGUGUCACGAAGAGGAAUGGAAAGCAUAUUAUGUGUUAUUGGUCUUGGAAUUUUGAACAUGGGGAGAAGUAAAUACAGCCCAAGGUACAGCAGUUAAUUUCUUGAUUGCAGCGUGUACACUCUGAGAUAUGAUGUACUAGUUUUUGUGACGCUGGAUUUGUCAAUGGACUGACCUGCUGUACUCAAAUACAUCAGGGAUUUUAUUUAUUUUCUUUUAACAAAGCUGCUAAUUAAGUUGUUUGGGAACAUGUCAUUUCUUAUACAACCCCAGUUCUGAAAAAGUUGGGACAUUAGGGAAAAUGCAAAAAAAAAAAAAAAAAUCCUAACAAAGUGUCAUUUGAAAAUUCAGUUCAUCCUGUACUAUAUUGAAAACACAUUAUGAACACAUUAUUUGAUGUUUUAAUGAUGAUGCAACACACUCCAAAAAAGUUGGGACAGUUGACCGUUUACCACAUCAACAACUUUUCUUUUAAUAACAUUUAUUAAGUGUUUGGAUGCUGAGUGAAGACACCAGUUGGUUAAUUUUAGCAAGCGGAAUUUUCCUCCAUGCAUCCAUUAUGCAUUUCUUCAGCUGUGUAACUGUACGAGUCCUUCAUUGCCUUAUUUUGCACUUCAUAAUGUGCCACACAUCCUUAAUCGGAGGCGGGUCAGGACUGCAGCAGGCCAUGCUCGCACCCGCACUCUCUGCUUACGCCAUCAUGCGCUUGUAAUCCGGGCAGAAUGUGGUUUGGCGUUGUCCUGCUCUGGAUGGCAGCAUAUGUUGCUCCAAAAUGUGUACAUAUCUUUCUGCUUUAAUGGUGCUUUCACAGAUGUGCAUGUUACCCAUGCCAUGGUCACUGACACGCCCACAUACCAUGACAGACGCUGGAUUUUGGACCUGAUGCUGAUAACAGCUCAGAUGGUCCUUGUCCUCUUUGGCCCGGAGAACACGACGGCUGUUUUGUCCAAAAACUAUUUGAAAUGCCGACUCAUCGGACCACAAAACACGAUUCCACUGUGCUACUGUCCAUCUCAGAUGAGACCGAGCCCAGAGAAAUGGGCGGAGCUUUUGGAAAGUGUUGAUGUAUAGCUUCUGCUUUGCAUAGUAAAGCCUUAACUUGCAUCUGUGUAUGCAGCAGCGAAUGGUGUCGACUGACGAAGGUUUACCAAAAUAUUCCCAAGCCCAGGUCAGGAUCUCCAUUACAGACUCAUGACUCGUACUUAUAUUGUGCAGUGUAGAAGGUGAAAUGUCCAAAAUCCUACCGAUUUGUCUUUGGGGAAUGUUGUUCUCAAAGUGUUGGAUUAUUCACAACCGAAUUUGCCAAGCAAAUUGGGUUUUGUAUCAGUCUUGGUGCUUUUAUUUCAUUUAUUAGUUAAAUGUAUGAAAUGUAAUAAGUAUGUCUAUAGAUCGUCUAGCCUGAAAACACCAUGCAAUCUCUAAGUUUGCUUGUGAUAGGCAUGACUAAUGCUAUAUAAUUUGCUAAUUAAUUAAUGAAAAGUAAAAUGUACUGUAAAUAAACAAUAUUUAUAGCUGGCUAGAAUUUGACCUGCCGUCUAGCCAAUUAUGCUUGCUAUUGGAAUCACUGGUAGUCUAACCUGGCUUUAGCAAAGAAAACAGUCUAACUUGGGUAACUAUAGCCAGUUAAUGUUAGCAAAUUAACUAAAAUGACCUCGUCAUUAUUAUUUUUUUUUUCUUUCCAAAAUAGGAUCCUUCUAGGAAGGCAAAGGAGAGGAAACGCUUCAUGUUAUUAGUUUUUUGUUUACUCCAAAGAGUUUCAACACUGCAGGGUUGGUUGGUUUUACAUCUUCAGAUACACACUGAUAGCUGCAGCGUUCACUAUAUUGUGUAUUAUGAAGAAGGUCACAGUAUGAUGAUUUAACAUGAGUGUUUUCUACUGAAUUUGUACCUGAUUGGAUACUUUAAACUUGAAUGUGAAUAAAAAUCUGCAGAAACCCAUUCUACUGGCAUUUAGCAAUCACUGGCUGGAUGAGAGAAGAUGCAUUUGAGAUUCGUACAAGUACAUUAAAGGUCUAAAUAAAAAUGUAAGAGGUUAAAAGUAAGUUUGUUUGUUUUUUCCCUCUUGAAAACAUAAAAAGUAAGAGUACAAGUAUUUAAUUUCAAUACCCCUCAAUUAAGGAAUAAAUAUCGCCAAAUAAUGGUUAAAUAUAGUAACAAAGUACUCAAACUA